GGCCGGGAGCGUCCCCGCGGCCUGCGGCGCCCGCUGGUUGUCAGGGUAACCGCGCCCUUGCUUUGGAAGAAAUUCUCUGCAGGGUUUGUACCGGAUUUCCCGCGCAGCUGGCUGUGCCCCUGAGUACGAGGGCCUGGUGGCUCUGUGAUGGAGGGCCAUCGACAGGCUUUGUGGCCUCGGCCUUUGUGACCAGCAGUUUCUCGUCCCAAACGGGGACCAUAAUAACAGUAACUUCCUGGACUAAGUGUAAAUGUAACUCCUGGCGGUAGUAAGCUCUCGCCAAGUGUUACCAUCACUCUCCUGAUUGAAAACGGCGGGACAGCAGGUUAGAGAAAUGCAGGCUUCUGGUUCGGUGUCCUGGGCCAGAGGCGGGAGCUCAGCAGGCUAGGAAGCCGCCCCCACCUGGCGUCCAUCCCAACCUGGGCUCGCGGGGAGGGGCGCGCGGCGGAGGCGGACACGUGGCCCUCGGGGACAAGGUCGCGAGCGGGCGGCGGAGCAGCUGGGACAUGGCACGGUGGGUUCGGCCUGCUCUUUGCGCGCUCAGGCUCUGGGGCCCGGCAGGGUGGAGGAGUCUCUAUACGGAAGUCAGAGAUGUCCCGGGGAAGGGUCAUCAAGGGCCUUCCCCUGGAAGAACAGACGCGGUGGCCGCCAGCCUUUGGGGUGUGAGAAAGGCGUCCUGUGCAGUGGGGCUGGCAGCCCUGAACUCUGGCAUUACAGGUGGAAGAAGACCUAUAUCUUCUUCUGCUAGUGCCUCAAGCAUCUUUGGAAGCGGAGGCAACGGCAAGGAGAAGCUUUUUCUCCAGGACAUAGCUGAGCUGAUUCGAGCCGGAGCCUGCCAGAAGGCAGUGGUCAUGGUGGGGGCCGGCGUCAGCACGCCCAGCGGCAUUCCGGACUUCAGGUCUCCAAGGAGCGGCCUGUACAGCAACCUGCAGCAGUACGACCUCCCAUACCCUGAGGCCAUUUUCGAGCUCACUUUCUUCCAUCACAACCCCAAGCCCUUUUUCGCUCUGGCCAAGGAGCUGCACCCCGGGAGCUACAGGCCCAAUGUCAUACACUAUUUCCUCCGCCUGCUCCACGACAAGGGGCUGCUUCUGCGGCUCUACACACAGAACAUCGAUGGGCUCGAGAGAGUGGCUGGCAUCCCUGCCUCCAAGCUGGUUGAAGCUCACGGAUCCUUUGCCUCUGCCACGUGCACUGUCUGCCGAAGGCCCUUCCCAGGGAAGGACGUUUGGGAUGAAGUGAUGGUGGACAGGAUCCCCCGCUGUCCAGUCUGCACUGGCAUCGUGAAGCCCGACAUCGUGUUCUUUGGGGAGACACUGCCCCAGAGGUUCUUGCUACAUGUGGUUGAUUUCCCCAUGGCAGAUGUGCUGCUUAUCCUCGGGACCUCCCUGGAGGUAGAACCUUUUGCCAGCUUGUCUGAGGCCGUGCGGAGCUCGGUGCCCCGACUGCUCAUCAACCGGGACCUGGUGGGGCCCUUUGCUUGGCGUCCUCGCAGCAGGGACGUGGUCCAGCUGGGGGAUAUGGUUCACAGCGUGGAAAGGCUGGUGGAACUUCUAGGCUGGACAGAAGAGUUGCGGGACCUCAUGCGGCAGGAAGCCGAGAAGCUCAAUGGACGGGACAGAUAGGGUGAUGGCUGGUCCCCCCACCACUCCUGGGACCAGAAAUGGUUCCAUGGAGUCACUGCCCACCGCUAAGGAAACAGUUUUGGCUGGACUGGAACCUGCGGCCUAAGGAAGAAUGAGGCUGCCCAGGUCAUGAGCUCUGUGCCGACCGGUUGUGUUGUGCUCACAUCACAGGCCACCCGUCACACUGGCACCUUUCUGCUGUUCGGACUCUUCAGUCUGCUGAGGCUGACUGCAAAAGCUUUGACAGCUUGAACUCAAACAGACCAACGGAAAGCCCCGACUGGAUCAGCCAUGUGUCCAGGUCUCCAUCCGAAGGGCUCGGCAUCUCUGUCUGUUAGAAGGACCCAGUCUCUGGCUGAGUGGCCUUAGUCACUCCCAAGGCAUGGUCCUGGGUCCCAAGUAAUAGAAUAGGGUCCUUUAGUAUGUUGGUCUCCUUGGUAAUGUUAUUUUUAAUUAAAGAAACUUUAUUCAUUUCUGGCAU